AGAAGAUGGGUUUGGCUAAUUUCGAUUUCAUGUUGUUUUCUCUUGUGUUUGCGGACAACUCGCUAUCUCGGUUUCAUUUUUGUGACUGAAAAUGCUGUCAGUCGGCACGUUGACCGCUGGACACUCAGGACUCCAUAGAUCGCACGUCGUGGAGUGAAUGACAAAAUACGAGCGGCCUUCGUGCGAUCUCGGCAAUAGUGUUGCACAGGUAAACUGAAAAUGCCAGUAGCUAGCAGGAGUCUUCAUGUGGCCAACUCCUUUGAGGAACUCAUGAAACUAGUGGACAGCGAUGACAUCACCCUCAAGGAGAAGCACUUUAAAGGGAAGAACCUACGAAUGCUGUGCACAAGCGGGAAGAAAGUUCUGGAGGUAGCAGACAUGCAUAAGAAUGACGGUGAUGAAGAGAGGUCAUUCUUUCUUUACAUGCGCUACUUCAGCAUGGUAAACUACAUCCGUAUGCACAAAGACUACAAGAUCAACAAGGUAGGAAACACUCUUGCUCACCUGCAUAUCAUUGAGCUCGAUUGUAGAAGGUAUGCCAUCCUGAAGGAUGCCAAGGAAGCAGAGUUCAAGGAGCGCAAGGCUGAAGAAGCUGCAGCAAAGUUGAUGCUGAAGCCACCUUCUCCGUCACAGCCAUUAGAACCAGCCAGUGAUGGCGCUCUCACAAAGUCACCAGCUGUUCCAGAUGUUAUCAGGCCAUUUGAGACGCAGUUGUCAUCAUUCAAGCUUUUAGAUAUGCUUCAGGACAAGGACACAAAGGUGUUAAUCAUGGAUGCCAGGCCGAGACGAGACUUCCUCGACUCUCAUCUGAAAAGCAGCGACUGCAUUAACAUUCCUGAGGAGGUACUCAAACCAGGAAUCAUAGCAGAGGAGUUGAGCAGAAGCAUACCUGAGGAGAGCGUUGAAAUAUUCGAGAAGCGUGACGUUGUUGAUUAUGUUGUCCUCAUGGACUGGAAAAGUGCGGUUGUCCCAGAGGACAACCAGGCUCCUUUGAAGGUUCUCAAAGAUGCGAUAUACAAGUGGUCAACACAAAAAGUGCUCAAGUGUGAGCCUCUGAUCCUGACGUGCGGCUAUGAGGACUGGCUAAUGCGUUAUCCCAUGCACACGACCAAUGCCCACACUAAGAUCCCAGAGGCAGCGUCGGACCCUUUGGUCAGCAACUAUUCAAACAGCACAGAGGCCGUCUACUUUCCUGACCCAGACAACCUUUUUCAAGAGGGUGCAAGGAACUUGUCUCAACCAGGCAAGCCGUCUGUCCCAGCCUCCAACACAGCUUCUGUGACGAUGCCGCUUGUGGAUCGUAGCAAAAAACCCAGCCUCUUGAACGGGCCUGUGCCAAACAGCACAGGCCUAAAUAAGGUUAAUGGUGGCAGUUUCAAUGUACCAGACCCCAAAGGAAUUGAAGAUGGUGUGUUCCACCAGGUUGAUUCUGCAUCAAAGCCCGUGCCCGGCGGCCCAUUUGGUGGUCUCAGCCAGGAUUCCAAUUCCGGGGAGUCUGAGGCCAGGUCUCUCGAUAGAAUCCGUCAAACAGAGAACCUGAAGCAGAAGAUUCUUGACCUCACAAAGGAUCAGUUAGCCUCGGAGAAGGAGUUCGAGCUGCUGCGUGAACGGAAGGCACGUGAGGCGGAGGAGGAGCUUCGACGUUCAGUCCAGGAGCGAGAAGAGGCUUUGCAGGCACAUGUCCGUCAGCUGGAGAAGGAGCGUGCCGAGGUCGAGCAGAGGGUCACAGCCCUCACCCUGAGCAACGAGCAGUACGAACAGAAGUUGAAGGAGAAGGACAAGGAACUAAUACGCAUUAGACAGCUGAACGAAGAGCAGAGAAAAGCUGACAAAGAGGUUCACAGGCUCAGGGAGGAGCGCAAGCGCAGGGAGCAGCAGGAACGGGAGGAAGCUCUCAAGGAUUCGGGCAAGACAGUUGCCGACAAAGCAGCGGUGCCAUCUCCACCAAGGGCUCUGAAGCCCACCACCAACACUGCAGCCAAUAACCUGAAGAGCCAAGGAAUAACUGCCACUACUCCUGUGGAGAGGCCGGGUGCGUCGAUGCGUAGCAACAACAACCUCUCCCGAUCGCGUUCUUUUCCCAACCUGUCCAUGGCCUCUGAAGAGUCGGCCUCGGAAUCCAUGGGCCCAGCCACCAGCGCAGCAGCACCGCAGUUUGACCGCUCCCUAAAGCCAUCACAGAGCGUCGAAACGAACACGGCUUUCAUAACUCACCAGCAACGAACAAGGACCGGCGAUGGGAUCUACCCCCGCAUAAGGAGUAACAGCCCAUCGUCUGGCCGUGAGUUCCAGCGUUCAGCGGGGCUUCGCAACCUGGGCAACACGUGCUACAUGAACGCGACGCUCCAGUGUUUGGCCAACACCAUUCCUCUAGCUCUGCACUUCCUGUCUGAUCGCUACAAGAAAGACAUCAACAGGGAGCCGCGUAGAGGCACUGGUGGUGAGGUGGCUCACGAAUUCAAGAGCCUGCUUGCUCAGAUGUACUACAACGAUAAAAGCGUCGCACCAAAAGGGUUUAAGAGUCUGAUGGGAAGGUUGUGCAAUGUUUAUGCUGGUUUUGAGCAGCAAGAUGCCCACGAGUUUCUCCUCAACUUCAUUGACAAGCUCCAUGAAGACCUCAACAGGGCUGUUAACCGAAAAGGUGCGCCUGCACCUCUGCCGCCCGCGGACGAAGCUGCCCUGUCCCUGAAUGGACGCAUCAACCGCUUCUGGUGCCAGCACUUGGACCGGCACCUGUCAGUGGUGUCAGACCUGUUUGAGGGCCUGCUGGUGUCAAACCUGACCUGCCUGGUGUGCCGAAAGUCAUCGAGUAGCUUUGAAGUGUUCUCCUGCCUGUCGCUGCCUAUCCCAGCCAUCAGCGGGUCUGUCUGCUACCUUCAGGACUGCCUCAAGCUUUUCCUGGAAACUGAGAGCAUGUCGGGAGAGGCGGCAUGGGACUGCCCAACGUGCAAGCAGAAACGUAAAGCUGAGAAGCGCAUGAUCAUAGCCAGGCUGCCCAAGAUUCUCAUUGUACAGUUUAAUCGGUUCCGAUGUGAAACCGCAUGGCAGAGCAAGAAGCUGCAGACGUACGUACACUUUCCAGUCAACAGCUUCGAUAUGAACGUGUACGUGGACCACACCCGGGUAGACACCCAGCACAGACCCCCGUACCAUCUAUACGCAUUCCUGAAUCACUAUGGUACCCUGGCUACCGGACACUAUAUUGCCUAUUGCCGUGCGGGCCUUGGAGGGCAGUGGUACAUGUACGAUGAUGCAUCUGUGACGGAAGUUACAUUAUCUGAAUCUGAUAAAAGAAAUGCAUACAUUCUUUUCUACACGUCUGUGGAUAUGCGGCAUCAGUUCACCUCACAAUCCUAAGGCUUGGAUGUGACAAGAUUAGCAUGUUAUAUAGUAGAUUCUAUGGAAAGAGAUAUUUGUUGAUAGCGCAACAAUAAAUUUAGUUUACGUAUAGUAUUGUAUUUAUAAUAUAUUGCCACGAAACCAAUUACUCUAUGGAGGCCUUGUGAGGUCAUUACUAAGUAUGAUUUGGUGUGCAUACUGCGAAAAUUGUUUUUAAUGUUGUUACUUGAGGCUUUUGUGAAAUGUGGCAUGCCUUGCUGUACAGAAUUAGUUUCUAUUACCACAAAAGACAUAGGGCGAUCAUGUGUAGAUGUAUAAAUAUUGUAUAAUGUUGCCAAGGGUGCUAGCAAACCAGCAACUUGCAUAGUGAAUAAAGAGAUUCUUAAAUUUUC